CAGAACAAGAACGUAAAGAUCAUGAUUACUAGUACAGAGUCCUUGAGUCCGCUCAGAAUACUAGACCGCGCUUGGUUCGUACUUGUUAACAUGUCAACGAGCGACGUAAAUGUUGAUAUCGGCAAUUACGUGUACUGGAAAACCAGAGAGCAAUCUCGGCUUCGGAGACUUCCAAGUCGUGUACAGAAAAUCAUCCAAGAGAAGCUGGCAGCCAAAGCUGAUGGGUCGUUUCGGUGGGUCGAGUGUCAAAUGGAUGCACUUGUAAACAAUACUAGGUCCCAGGCUGCAAUCGAAAAGGCCCUAGAAUCGAUGUCAUCAGGCCUUGAAAUCGUCUAUACAAAAACACUGGAAGGAAUCUCACCAUCAGACUGCUCACUUGUCCGAAACGCCUUACUAUGGUUGGCAUUUUCUUCCCGUCCCAUGACCGGAGAAGAAUUGGGAGAAGCCAUGAUCUUUAAUGGAUCCACCGAGUCAGUAAAUCCUGCACAAAAGCUUUUCCGGGAAGAGACCAAAGACAUUUUACGAAACUGCCGGAUUCUCAUCAAGUACAAUGAUGAGUAUAAAAGCUCAACACUGGCUCACGACUCUGUAAGAGAAUAUUUAUUUUCCGAAUCAUGCCUCAAAAGAGCAAGUUCUUAUUCUCUGAAUGUGGAAGUCGAUGCCUGUCUUCUAUGCUGUUUGAUGGUUGAUUACCUCAACAUGCCAGUAUUCAGAUCUGGUUAUUGUCCGAGCCGUGUUGCAUUGAGGGAAAGAUCUGAGGAGUGGCCGCUGCUCGGAUACAUAUCAACAGCGCUUCCGAAGCUGCUUGAAUCAGUUUCGUGGGAAAUCCCGACUAUAGCUACAGACAAGAUGAAAAGAAAGCUCAAAGCCUUGUUUGGUAGCGCAAUUCAGCCUCGAGGAGGUAACUUUGGCGCAUUCAUCCAAGCUUCUUCUCCUUGGACAGAUCUAGGUGGACAGAUAUUCUCGCCUCUCUAUUUCGCUGCUAGCACCGGACUUGCAAAGGCCAUAAAGUUUUUACUGACGAUGGGAUUGGCUGAUACUUUGGAGCAACCGGGAGGCCACAGGCAAUCGACUCCUUUACAUGUGGCCUGCACGUUUGGGCACACAGAAGUUGUACGAGUGCUUCUUGAGGCAAAGGCAAACCCCAACGAAAAGAAUAAGUACGAAGAGAGAGGAAUUGAAUGGGCAUACUUGCAUGGCUAUCACAAGAUCGUACAGAUGUUGUUGGACCACGGAGCCGAAGCGGUAUCGGAAGACGGUCUAAAUAGGAUUAGGGAGAAGGUGAAAGCCGCUCAAAGCAUGGCAAGGACGCGAAUUGUCUUGAAAAGAUGGGAAUUGGCGGCAGGUAUAUCGUAGAACAUCCACACGCACAGUAUACAUCAGCAAAUCUCAAUGCACCAGC